UUUAUACAAAUGCAGUCGCUUCUCAUUAAAAUAAGUAUCGACUAGACAGUCUUGUAUGUCGCUUAUGUGUUAUAUUUUAGUGUGUAUCGUUUACUUUAAUGAAGUAUAGCUCACAUCUCAACAGAUCGUAAAAUGUGUUCUAUUUCAAGUUUUACAAAAAAGGGGGUUGUCAUGGACGCCUAUAGGUAAUACAUUCGAGGUGUUUUUUCCCGAGCUUGCAGGAAAGGCCCGAGAAGUUGCGAUUGAAAGAACUUUCUUAGAAACGCUUCCGGGUGACUGAUUAUGGCCACACGAACUUGGGCCCAGGAUGUGCUACGGUGUCGUUUAUGUGAGACCCCGGGCCCCCCUAUGUACUGUGACAUACAUCUGUGUAAAGCCUGUGUGGGGGAACAUCUCUCAGAUUUAUCAAAAGAACACAUAGUUGUGCCAUUUGAAAAGCGUGGAUCUACUGCAAAAUGUCCAAAACACCCUUCAAACAUAAGUGUGCUUUACUGUGAACAAUGUGACAUUCCUAUCUGUGUGCAGUGUGCUUCUUCUAAAGAACACAAAGGUCAUGAAUUUGUUGACAUUGCCAAAUCACUAGAACUUCAAAAGAAAGUCUUAGAGAAAGAUUUACAAGAAUUAGAAAAAUCAAUUUAUCCUAUUCAAGAAAUAGCCGUUAGCUUCCCAGUUCAGAGAGCUGAUCUGUCUCAAAACUCUAGGAAAAUAACAACAGCUUUUGACAAACAUGGAGAAGACUUGCACAGAGAAAUAGACAUUACUAUCCAGAAAAUGAAAUCAGAUCUUGGUGAAAUGGACUCCAAACACCUGGCCGUCCUAAAUAAACAAGAGGAUGAAAUCAAACGCACCAUUUCUGAAAUCACGAAGAGCAUUGCUGAACUAAAGAUACUACUUAACUCCAAUGAUGUCAGCAUUGUCUCUGCCUAUAAAUCCAGGAAUGAUAAAUUCAAAAGAUUGACUCCAAAACUCACAGUUUCCUUACCAAGUUUUACCCCUCAGAAGAUCAACAAAGAACAGCUUUAUCAACAGUUUGGUUCUCUGUCUGCGUUAUCUAUCAAAACAGAAGAACAAUGCUACACUAUGGAAUCCCCCGGUGCUGAGUCUUCUCUUCCGAACAGACCGCUCAUUGAUGUACCACGGAUAAUUACGGAAAUCAGCACUGAGUUUAAGGGAUACCCUAAUGGAAAAAACCCAAUAACUAGUGUGACCUGUCUGAGUGAUGAAGAUAUAUGGACUGGUGGUAAUGAUCAUAUUAUAAGACUCUAUAAUCUCUUGGGAAAACCAGUGAAGUCAAUCCAAACCAAGUCAGGGAACGGUCCACAGGACAUAGCAGUGACAAGGAGUGGGGAUCUAGUUUAUACUGAUUACCAUGAUAGAACUGUGAACAUAGUGAAGAAUACACAGAUACAGACAGUGAUCAGACUACAGGGUUGGAACCCUCGCUGCGUCUGUAGAACCUCCUCUGGUGACAUCCUGGUUGUCAUGAACACUGAUGAUAAACAAUCAAAAGUUGUGCGUUACUCUGGCUCCACAGAGAAUCUAUGUAUUCAAUUCAAUGACAAUGGACGGCCUCUCUAUUCAUCUGGUGAAUACAUCAGUGAAAACAGGAACCUAGAUAUCUGUGUGUCAGACUUAAAAGCCCGUGCAGUAGUGGUGGUCAACCAGGCCGGAAAACUCCGGUUUACCUACACUGGUCCUCCCUCUACUACCAAGGAAUCAUUUGGUCCAGGCGGCAUCACAACAGACAGCCAGGGUUGGAUCCUGACAGCAGACUUUCACAACCACCGUAUCCACAUCCUGGAUCAGGACGGACAGUUCCUCCGCUACAUUGACAACUUUCGCUUACAGGGUCCAUAUGCUUUAUGUGUGGACACCAGAGACAACCUCUUUGUGGGUGAGAUAGCAACGGGAAACGUGAAAAAAAUCCAAUAUUGCAUGUAAACAAACUUUAAAUAAUAUGUAAUGAAAUACAUGUACAUCUCUAAACAGUGACAAAGUGACUCUGUGUGUGAAUAAGCGUAUAUACCUUAUACAUGUUAUACCAACACUACUGACUGUCUGACUAUUAACCUGUAAUAAAUGUUAAUAAAAUCUUUUUCAGUUAUUUAAACAAUAAAAUGCUGUCUUUGUUUAUAUUUAACUAAUACUGUAUAU